AAUAUGGAUUGAAAUGAGGUUCUAGAUAUUUCCUUUGUAUAAAAAGAGGUUUUUGUUCUUUGUAGUAAUUAUAUGGGCUCAUUGCAGGGAAAAUUAGAACAAUUCAAAAGGGAACAAAGCAAAUUUUAAAACACCAGAAAGAUAAAAGCAGUUUGCUCAUUAUCCUUCUAGACAAUUCUCCAGGUAGAUCUGCACAAACUGAAAACAAAUGAGAUCUUUCUGUACAUGCUAUUCUGUAAUUUGACUUUAUUUACUCAACACCAUGUUUUGGAGAGGCGUUUAUCACUGUACAUAUAGACCUGUGUUACCAUUUUAAUGGCUUCACAGUGCUCUGUAAAGUCCAGGUCUCCUAAUUUCCUUACGAAUAUGUUCCUUUUUUGAAACGUUACACUCAUGAUGGGUUGGUAAAUGCUGACUGAAGAUGUAUCCGUCCUGGCUGGCAGGAGACUCUGAGGAGGAAAUGGGGCCUGUUGCCGGGUCUCUGAUCCUGGCUGGAAGGAACAUCAUGCUGGUAGCCCAGAAGCUCCAUCUUCAGCCGGAGUGUCAGAGCCUCCGGGAGGAGCUAGUGAUCACAGCUCAGCAGAUUCUGAGGCUGAUUCAGGCAGAGCUGGCUGGCUGGUCUCAACAGAGCUCAUUGCUGGGAAGCAUGGGGGUGGCCAGUCAUUCCCACAAUGGACACCUGCCCGAGAGGGAGAAACCUGCCUACGUUUCUGCCAGAGCUCAUUACCAAUUUAACCAAUGCGAAAAUUGGAAGAGGCAAAGCCAGAGAGCGUGGCCUGGGCUUGAGAGGAGGAGGGGAAAGAAGGGCAGGUUCCUGGAAGUGUCUGGGCACCAGCCGUGCACUGGGGGACGAGAGCCGUCCAAACGGGCCGAGAGCCGUCCAAACGGGCAGAGCCGGGAAGGACUUCAAAGGCACUUCCCGGACCGGCCAUCCGGAGGCCGCAUCCUCCUCACCCCACAGGAAGGCCUUCCUAAGUGCCCCUCAGCACCCUUUCCUGACCUCGUUGGUCCUGUUCUGGACUGCAGGUGGGCCCUCCGACCCCCAACCGGGCUUCACGUUGGUCGCGGCUCCCAUUUACGAGGUGUGACCUUCUUCCACCGGCCUGAAGUGACACGGUCUCGGCCUCGGGCGUUAGGGGAUGGGACGGGUGGGAGGCGGUGGGGCGGUCGCUGUGGCUCUGAAGGUGCAGCUGCCCCGGCAGGUCCUGCCUUUGGAGGCCGCGGGGCUGGGGCGCCGGGUCCCCGGCAGGCCAGAUCCCCCUCCAAGCGGCGAUGUCCCCCGCCGGCUGCCCGCGCCAGGCCCAGGCCCCGCACCCCACCGCAAACUCUGCAGCCCCUCCCUGCCCCUUACCGCGACCAGGUGCUCAGAGAGGCUCGUUGGACCGCGCUUUGCUGCCCCCGGCCGCAAACGGGCCGCGAUGGACAGGCCUCCGCGGCGGGCCUCGGUCCCCGAGCCCCUGGCCUGGAGCGCCUCCUGGCCUGUCUGGGAUUUCUCCACAGUCCCGAGUUCCUGAGCGGGUCCGUUCAGGAAAUGACCGAGCGGGCGGUGAGAGGUGGAGAGUCCGGAGAGCUUCCCCGGCUCGUGGCACACUUACAGGGUCAGGCCUCACACGUAAUGCGGGUGGUGAGCGGUAGGUAUUUGGCCCAACACCGAGUUCACAUUUUCCGGAACGGCCUGAGAGCCCUCACCCAGCAGCUGCAGCAGUCUUCCCUGGGCCUGAGGUGAGGGCUGCUGCCCAGUGGUUCAGGUGGGCACAGCCCUCUGGGCACAGAUGCAGUUCUAACCUUGGCCAAACAUGGGAUCUAUUCGGCUCGGCGCAUCCAGCAGCGGCUGGACAGGACUAAGCACGCAGAUAUCCUCAGCCCCCUUCAGGACCAAGCCCGAAGGUGUAGCAUUGCCAAAACACAGACUAACUUCAUUCUCUCCAGCCUCCAGAACUCCACAGCUCCAGCACUGAAACACCAGGUGGUGUUUGAGUUGGGGAAAAGGGACCCAGGUACCACCUCUCCAUGGAGCGACAUUCUUUCCCACCACUUGAUUCCACAUGGGGGGACCACGCCAUGCCCUGCCACCAGCAAACACACCCUUGCUAGAGAGAGCCAGAGCCACCAGGCAGUGAUCUCAGCUAGCACCAGCCUGCAGGAGCAGGAUGUGGAUGCGGCUCAAGACACCCUGGCUGGGGAGGGACUACGGGGGUUAGAGAGGAUGACUGGACUCCAAGAAAGACCAACACUGGCAUCUUCUAUUAUUGACCUAGCAAGGGCACACUGCAUAACUGCCAGAACUGAUAGGCUUCUGGAAAUGGCUCUCCAGCUGUCUGGGAGAACCAGGGAAACCAGGCAGGCUUUGGUAGCCAUGGCUGGUGACUGGUACCCUCUAUGUCAACAGCUAUCUUGUCACGACCCAGAAUCUGAUCUUCCAGGGAGCAUGGCUGUGUUCAUGGAGGUGCAGCGGAAUUUAGCCUCAAUGGUUCAACGAGCAGCCAAAAGUGAGCCUGUAGGUAACAAGGACCGUAAUUCAACUGGGCAUCGAGAAGCACAUUUACAAAUGCGAGGCAGACUGGAGGAGGUGGAAACCCAUGCUAAGCAGUGUUUGGACAUAGCUCUGGCCUCUGGUGGCUUCCACGAGUUGUGGGAGGAGAGCAUUGAGAACAGCUGUCUUCUGUGGUUAGUGGCUGUCCAAGACCUGCUCCAGUGCUUGCUCAGCAGGCUAGAAGGCCUCUUCCUACUGCCCCUGAGACAGGCCGUGAAGGACCAGCAGAGGCUGCAGGAAGGGCUGGCUCAGGCAACUCAUGUUUCUCAGACUGCCAGGCUGUCGGGCCUACUGUGCGGGAAUAUCCAAGUAAAGGGUGAGGUCUCCCUUCUGCGCAGGGAAGUACAUGUGCUCACGGAUGUCCUGCUGGAUGUGGCACAGAUCCUGGGCUCCUCCCCCAAGCCAUCUCCCAGCUGGUCCACAUGCUUUGAACUUCUCUGCUUGGAGCUCACCCUUCGAGCCAAGGCCCUGACCAGCCACCUCAGCAGCAUCAGUGCAGACUGUGAAUCUGCCUUCCUAGAUGCCUUCUUCCCAAGGUUCUUUGCCUGCAAAGACCCCCAAAUGGGGCCAGAGAGCUCCCUGGAAAGAAUGGUGUCUGGCAUCCAAGCUGUGCAGGGAAUUGUGGCAGGAGAUCAGGAGUCAGAGUCCUGCCAGAAAGACUUUCUUGUGGCUCUGGAGGACAUUCUUGUCCUCACCAGAAAGGUGGCUCAGAGGGUCCCUGUGCUCUGAGAGCACCCAGAGGAGAGGGGAAUGCACAUCCUGGACUGGCUGCAGUGGGAGCAGACAGCCAAGGCCCACCAUGCUGUGGCCCAGCUCCAGGCCUGGAAAGGUGGUCACACCAAAGCCUGGAGACCCCUGACACAGUGCUUGAAGCCCAGUGAUAGACAGGACCCUGCCCAGUCCCAGCUCCACCAUGGGGAGGAGCUUCAGGAGCAGCUGCAGUGGGCAACAUGGGUUCUCAAAGUGUCACCCCAGGAGACAGCCCAGGGAGCUUAGCGGGACCUGCACUGCCAAUCCAGCCAUCACUUGGGCAGGGGCAGCAGACCUGGACACAGUAGGAAGUCAGUAUCUUUCCUCCCCUGCCCUGACGCCACCAAAACCCACUGCCAGUUUCCAGAAAAAGCUGCCUUGGUGCCCAUGUAUGCAAUUCCCAUCUGGCAGGCAGCACUGUGCUGCUGUUGAGUCUGAAACCAGGAAUCACACUGCCUGGGCUGCACCUGACGCUACCAUUUCCUGGCUCUGAGACCUCAGAGAAGCUUCCCACCUAUAUGUCAAAAUUCUACUCUAGAAAAUGGGAACACUGACACUUUCCUGGUGGAGGAUUAAGGAGCGCAUUUGAGUAAAGUACUUGGAUUUGCCAGGCGUAUAGUAAGUGUCCUGCAAGUCGUGGCUACAGUUAUGGACCUCGGUGAAGUCUUCCUACUCCCCCAAGUGACAGUAGCUCGCCUGACUGACAGCACUCCUCGAAUCAGACUGCUUCAUGCCGCCUUGACCUCAGUGAUGUUACCUCCCUGCUGCAAUCAGGGUUCCUUUAUUUGCAAAUGGCCAGAAUCCAAUCUGAAUCA